AACAAGAAACAGGAAUUUCGAUUUCUUUUUCUUCCCUUCUGGAGGCGUCCUGCCCUGCGUUCACCCCCCGAAAUCCCUCUCGAUUCGCCGCCGCCACCGCCUCCUCCGCUCCGCCGCCGCUAGGGUGUUCUCCGGCAACCCUAACCCUAACCCUAACCUAUCUUCGCCGCCGCCCGCCAAUACACCACACCCUAUACCCGCCACACACACACACACACACACACUCUCUCUCUCUCUCUCUCUAAUGGCGGCGGCGGCGGCGGCGGCUGCGGCUGCGCCGGCGCCGGCGACGGAGGAGGACGAGGAGGCGCUGCUCACCCGCGUGCAGACUAUCAUCUUGCGGGUCGUCGAGCUCGAGGACAACCCCAACCCCCGCCUCCUCCACACCCUCGCCACCAUCUGCGAGGCCCACGAAGCCAGAUAUGCACAAGAAUGUGCGAAUAGUCCAUCGUACAAUAACACAAACGCAAGGAACUCCCAUACAAUUGGCAAGCUGGCAAACUUGCUUCGGGAGAAUGACGACUUUUAUGAGUUAGUGUUCUGUAAGUUCUUAUCAGACAACUCAUACUCGGCUGCAGUACGCUCUGCUGCUGCUAGGCUGCUCCUAAGCUGCUAUUCUGCCUGGACGCCUCAGUAUCCUCAUGCAUUUGAAGAUGCUAUUGUAGAAAAUAUAAAGAAAUGGGUGACAGAAGAUGGUGGAGCGUCAAAUGAGUGUGAAUCGAAGCAUCUAGGAAAGAAUAACAAACCAACAGAUGCUGACAUGCUGCGGACAUAUGCCAUUGGGUUGCUUGCUAUGGCGCUGUGUGGUGGUGGGCAGUUGGUAGAAGAUGUCUUAACCAUGGGGGUAUCAGCUAAGCUCAUGCACUUUUUGCGUGUGCGAGUGCAUGGGGAUGUUGCGUGUGCCCAGAAAGAUUCUAAUAUUCCACUAGAUACCAAACAUCCUCGGAGCAGAGAUGAGAACAGGAGCAAAUCACGCCUGGUUCAAGACAGUUCUCGAUUGGAUGGAAUGAGGUCUGGAGAUGGAAUUUCAAUUGACCCAACUUCAGAAAACUGUGACAAUGUUAUGGGAAUGCGGCAUGCACAUGGAGAACGGUGGAUAGAUGAUGCUGCCUCUCUGCAACCUGAGCGUGCUGAUUCAUCGUUGGAUCUUUUUGAUGCGAUGGAGGCUGGUGCAACCAAUGAUAGAACUUAUAGUGCAAGCAUUUGUGAUACAAAGUCAAGAGUUGGGGAAAGGCUUUCUGCAUUGAGACCUGGAAGAGAUGAAGAGAUGAACGAAAAUACGAGAGAUGAUCUGUUAAAGCGGAAGUUGAGUCGAACAGGAUCACGACUUAGGGGGAAGAGCAAAGCAGGUGAAAGCUUGCCUGAAAGUGAAAGAACACCUUUAUCACCAACCUCAGGAUUGAAAAUAGGAACUCGGACUAGCAGAGAGAAGAAUAUGGUGAGGAUUGAGGAUGCAAAUAAGGCCAUUGAUGUGAACAACAGCUCUCCAGGCAUUGAGCCAUUUAAUGCAAUUUCCAAAGAAGAGUAUGAGGAUCGGUUCAAGGAUUGUAUUAUUGGCUUAAAGGAUAUAUCCGACAUUGUUUUAAAGGCUGUGAGAGCUGCUGAAGCUGAAGCCAGAUCUGCAAAUGCACCUGAUGAGGCUGUAAAAGCAGCAGGUGAUGCGGCUGCCGAGCUUGUGAAAUCUGCUGCAUCAGAGGUUUGGAAAACUGGAAAUAAUGGUGAUGCGGUUGUAUUAGCUGCUGAGAAAGCAGCAGCUACUGUAGUGGAUGCUGCUAUGUCAACUAGUGUCUCACGCUCUAACCAAGUCGGUGAAGAGCAUGUUGUGGAAGAGCCUGUGCAAAUCAGCGAGGAUCAUGAAUUGGAAGAUUUUGUUAUCACUGACCAUGGGCAGCUCCUACAACUUAGAGAAAAAUAUAGCAUUCAGUGUCUACAGAUUUUGGGAGAGUAUGUUGAAGCAUUGGGUCCUGUUCUCCAUGAAAAGGGAGUUGAUGUUUGCCUUGCAUUAUUGCAACGUAGCAUUAAAGACCAGGGGGGACAUGGCCACUUUACACUUCUGCCUGAUGUCCUUCGAUUAAUUUGUGCCCUGGCCGCCCACCGAAAAUUUGCUGCGCUCUUUGUUGACCGUGGUGGUAUUCAGAAGAUUCUCUCUGUUCCUAGGAUUGCUCAGACAUAUACCGCUCUUUCUGCCUGCUUAUUUACUUUUGGCUCCCUCCAGUCAACCAUGGAACGUAUUUGUGCACUCUCAUCUGACACACUUAAUAAUGUGGUUGAACUGGCGCUUCAACUUCUUGAAUGUCCACAAGAUUCAGCGAGGAAAAAUGCAGCCAUAUUCUUCGCUGCUGCCUUUGUGUUCAAAGCUAUUCUGGAUUCAUUUGAUGCAAAGGAUGGGAUGCAAAAAGUUCUAGGUAUUUUACAUGGUGCUGCUUCUGUUAGGUCUGGUGGCAACUCUGGGGCAUUAGGGUCCUCUAAUGUAAACCAGGGGAAUGAUCGGUCACCUGCUGAAGUUCUGACUGCAUCAGAAAAGCAGGUUGCAUACCAUUCAUGUGUUGCACUAAGGCAGUACUUUAGGGCUCAUCUGCUUCAGCUUGUUGAUUCUAUUCGACCAAGCAAAAGUAUCCGUAGUAUUGCUCGGAACACUUCUAGCGCAAGAGCUGGCUACAAACCAUUUGACAUUGGCAAUGAGGCUAUGGAUGCUGUUUUUCGUCAGAUCCAGCGGGACAGAAAGUUAGGUCCUGCUCUUGUAAGAGCUCGUUGGCCUGUGCUGGAUAAAUUUUUGGCAUCUAAUGGCCAUAUAACAAUGCUAGAACUCUGCCAGGCUCCACCUACUGAUCGCUAUCUGCAUGACUUAACACAAUAUGCAUUUGGAGUUCUUCACAUUACAACGCUUGUGCCAUACUGCCGCAAACUGAUAGUACAUGCUACAUUAAGUAACAAUCGUGUUGGCAUGUCUGUCCUAUUAGAUGCAGCCAACAGUUUUGGCUAUGUUGAUCCUGAGGUGAUCUGUCCAGCACUGAACGUUCUUGUCAAUCUUGUGUGUCCCCCUCCUUCUAUCAGUAACAAGUCAUCCUCAACUGGUAACCAGCAACCUGCAGCUACCCAAGCAGUUGGUGGGGCAUUUUCAGAGAACAGAGACAGGAAUGCUGAAAAAUGUACUACAGAUAGAAAUCUAACUGCAAAUCAGGGUGAAUCUCGGGAACGUUGUGGUGAUGGUAACACAUCUCAACAGGGCAAUACUGUGCAAAUUAGCACACCUGUUGUGCCAUCUGGGGUGGUUGGUGAUCGGAGAAUAUCUUUAGGAGUAGGAGCUGGUGGUCCUGGUCUUGCUGCUCAAUUGGAACAAGGGUAUCGUCAAGCUCGAGAAGUGGUCAGAGCUAAUAAUGGUAUAAAGAUUCUUUUACAGCUUCUCAGUUCUCGAAUGGUUACACCUCCUGUGGCUAUUGAUCCUAUUCGGGCACUUGCGUGUCGUGUCCUGCUUGGGUUGGCUAGAGAUGAUGCAAUUGCACAUAUACUCACUAAACUCCAGGUAGGAAAGAAACUAUCAGAACUGAUCCGUGAUACCAGUGGACAGUCAAUUGGAGGAGAUAAUAGUAGAUGGCAAAAUGAACUGACCCAAGUGGCAAUUGAACUAAUUGCGGUCCUGACAAAUUCUGGAAAAGAAACAACCUUAGCAGCGACUGAUGCUGCUGCUCCAGCACUGAGGCGCAUUGAACGAGCUGGAAUAGCUGCUGCGACUCCUGUCUCGUACCAUUCCAGGGAACUGAUGCAACUGAUACAUGAACAUCUCCUUGGAUCUGGUUUUACUGCUACUGCUGCUAUGCUGCAAAAGGAGGCUGACCUUGCACCUUUGCCAUCGACAGCUGCAGUGACUCCUGUCCACCAGGUUGCUGCCCUGGAGACAUCAUCUGCUCAGCAACAGUGGCCUUCUGGUCGUGUUCAGGGAUUUGUGCCAGAUACAACAAAGGUGACUACAGACCAAACUGGCCAGAGAUCUGAUUCUGUCUUGCCUUCAUCAAAGAAGAAAUCACUGUCCUUCUCAUCCAGUUUCUCGAAGCGAACUCAACCUUCGCAUCUAUUUUCUGGUAAUAGAGCAAGCAAUAGCCUGAAAAGUCCUGUUCCUAUUGGGAAUGUUGACAAUAUGAUUUGCGCUGCUUCUACUGUCAAUACUGGAGAUGCGGAGACAUCUCAUAAAACACCAUUAUCGUUGCCACAGAAGAGGAAGCUAGUGGACAUGAAGGAUCUUAGUUCAGCGUCAGCAGCAAAGCGCUCUGCAAUGGUUGAUCAAGCAUGCCAGUCUCCUGUAUUCCAAACUCCUGCUCCUACUCGCAGAGGACUGUCAGUGGCAGUGGAUUCUCCUACUGCUUCAUUUCAUUCUGGACGGCCAAAUUUCAACAACAUUUACACAGAGAACCUGGAUGAUUUUCAAGGCACACCUGGAGCAACAAUUACCACACCACAUCACGGUGCAAGUGAUCAACAGCCAGUAAAUUUGGAGUGCAUGACGCUCGAUUCACUGGUUGUACAAUACUUGAAACACCAACACCGCCAAUGUCCUGCUCCAAUAACAACUUUGCCACCACUCUCUCUGUUGCAUCCUCAUGUUUGCCCUGAGCCCAGUCGCAGCCUUAGCGCGCCAGCAAACAUAGCUGCUCGCAUGGGAAGCCGUGAGAUAAGGAGGCAAUUUAGUGGGAUCCAAAUACCUCGCAGGGAUCGCCAAUUUAUAUACAGCAGGUUCAAGCUAUGCCGUGUUUGCCGUGAUGAAUCCUCACUUUUGACUUGCAUGACAUUUCUUGGUGAUGCAUCACGAGUUGCAGCUGGAAACCACACUGGGGAAUUAAGAGUAUUUGACUGCAACACUGCAAAUAUCCUAGAGACCCAGACAUGCCACCAACAGCUUGUUACAAUAGUAGAGUCGGCAUCUUCUGGUGGAAAUGAGCUGAUUCUCACGUCCAGCCUUAACGAGGUUAAAGUCUGGGAUGCCUUCUCAGUAUCUGGGGGGCCUUUACACACAUUUGAGGGUUGCAAAGCUGCUCGGUUUAGCCAUUCUGGAACUUCAUUUGCCGCCCUUUCCACUGAUACGACUCGUCGGGAGGUUCUAUUGUAUGAUGUCCAGACAUAUAAUCUUGAUCUGCGGCUUCCUGAUAACUCUGGCUAUUCAGGAGGCCGGGGUUAUGUACAACCUAUUAUACAUUUCAGUCCAUCGGAUACAAUGUUGUUGUGGAAUGGGGUCCUGUGGGAUAGACGAAGUCCAAACCCUGUCCAUCAGUUUGACCAGUUCACUGACUACGGCGGUGGUGGCUUCCAUCCAGCUGGCAAUGAGGUUGAUUUUCUUUUCCUGAACCUUUUUGUUAUUUUGAAGCNCCCAACUGAUGAUGAUUCAGAUCCGGAGGACGCAGGUGACACAGAUGACGAAGAUGAUGAUGACAAUGAUGACUCAGAAGAUGGUAUUAUUCCUUUGACUGAUAUAGGUGACAGUGAUUCUGAUAUAAGUAACAGCAGUGAUGACGGUGGUGACGAUGAGGAUAUUGACAGUGGGGAUGAAAAUGAUGACGAUGAUGAUGAUGCUGAGUUCAUUGAUGAAGGUGAUUUUGAAGGGGGAGGAGGACUGCUGGAGAUUAUGGGUGAAGAGGAUGGUGAUGAGAGUGACAUUAUGGGCUCCUUUAGCAGCGGUGACGAAGAAGGAUGGAUCAUGUAA